UAGUCUCUCCGCGCCGCCCUCGAAAAGCUCACCGCUUCGGCACUUCUCCUCCGACUGCGCUUCUGCCGCCUGCUGCGCCCGCGCCGCCUGAUCUCUUGCCCGCUGGCCUCGCACCCUCUGCCGCCUGCCCAGCAUGUUCAUGACCCGCGACGGCUACGACCGGGGCGUCAACACCUUCUCGCCCGAGGGCCGUCUCUUCCAGGUCGAGUAUGCGCUCGAGGCCAUCAAGCUCGGCAGCACGGCGCUCGGCCUCGCCACGCCCGAGGGCACCGUGCUCGCCGUUGAGAAGCGCGUGCAGAGCGCGCUGCUCGAGAAGAGCAGCAUCGAGAAGAUCAUGGAGAUCGACGCGCACGUCGCCUGCGCCAUGAGCGGCCUCACCGCCGACGCGCGCACGAUGAUCGAGCAUGCACGCGUCACCAGCCAGAACCACAACUUCACCUACGACGAAGAGAUCAAGGUCUCGUCGGUCACACAAGCAGUGUGCGACCUGGCGCUGCGCUUCGGCGAGAGCACAGAAGACGACGAGGCGAUGAUGUCGCGUCCGUUCGGCGUCGCUCUGCUCAUCGCUGGUAUUGACUCAAAUGGGCCGCAACUCUUCCACGCCGACCCGUCCGGCACGAUGGUGCGGUAUGACGCCAAGGCCAUCGGUUCGGGCUCGGAGGGUGCACAGUCGGAGCUGCAAGACAAGUACAAGAAGAAUAUGUCGCUGCGCGAUGCUGAGCUGCUGGCACUGCGUGUGCUGAAGCAGGUCAUGGAGGAGAAGCUCGACGAGCACAACGUGCAGCUGGCCGUCGUGACGCCGCGCACGUCGCGCGACGGCCGUCAGUCGGGGCAGUUCCGCAUCCUGGCCGAGGCCGAGCUCAAGGAGCUCGUGGCCGCUAUGUAGAUGCAAUACACACAUGCGCAGCAGGGUG